AUGACGAUGAAAUUAAUAUUGGUUUUAUUAUAUCUCGGACAUGGUGUUCUUGGAAACUCUGUUCAGCAAGUUUCGACAACAAACUUCUUAUCUGAAAUUAUGGCUUCUUUUAAAGGUCCAAUGAAUAUGACGAAGCUUAUGUCCACUUUUCAAAUGCCUAGUUGCUUUGAAAGUUGUAUUCCGCAUAUGGAAGGCAUGUUUAAAGUAAUGAAAAAAGGAACAAGAGAUCCUAUUGCUGUAAAUGGAAUGUGCCAAGAGCUUCAAGAGUCAGCAAAAUGUGCUGUAAAUGCUGGAUGUUCGACGGUUUUUGUUGAAACAGCGGCUAAGCUUUUCCAAUUUGUUUGUUUAGAAAACAUUGAAUCUGUUGGAGAUUCUCUGGAAUGUGUCAAAAAUGCUGCCGAAGAUUUGCAACCAGAGUGUGAAAAUCAUUGUAAACUCCAAGCGCGUUUGAUUGAUCAAGCCUCUUCUGCGAAUCAAAUAGACAAUGUUUUCGAUGUGAAGAACAUGUGCAAUUCUACGAUAUGUUUGAUGCAUUGCGUAAAGGAUCGUUUAGGCGAAAAGUGUGUUGGACAGACAAACCUUGUUGAUACUCUGAUUUCUUCCGUAAUGAGAGGAGAAAAUGGUGGCUUUGAAGAAAUGCUCGAUUGGGUUGUUCCUCAGGCUUGUAAAGAUGAGAACUUUAUUGUAAACCUCCCACAAGAUACUUCCAAGUCUGGUCUAGGUUCUGUCACAUCAGGCAACGCUGAUCAAAUUCCACACAAUGUUGGAACUGUCGACAGCAAUCAUAUCGAUGGCGUUUCUAUGAAUAAUGAAAUCAGAACGAUUCCUCAUGAAGAUGUAAUGACCACAGAACCUAUAGAAGCUGCCCUUCUGAUCGAUGGUGAACUGCGCACCCUGCAAUGUUCGAUGUAUGAUUGGCAACGGAAUCCUGUUCCAACCCCAGACUUUGAAAGUUUAGCAAAGAUUAUGACUGCUCAUGUUUUGCCAUAUAAGCUAGCUCAUUCAAAAGACCCCAAGGUUAAGAUACCUUCUGACAAUGAUGAGCUCAAUGCUGAAACACGAGUUGAAGAAAAAGAGAAAGAAGCUGAAGAGGAUGCUGAAAAGAAGAAUAGUGCAGAGCAACGAAAGAGAGCAGCCAAAAUCCUGGACACACCAAUCGUCAUUCCCAAAAGUGGUAUAUCAGCUAUACUUAGUGCUGUUACCCUUUUCAUUCUUUUAUCUACCAUUUUCUAA